AUGGCUCCCAACGCGCCCACGUCAACUCGGGACACGAUCCAAGCUGACGUUGCCGUCGACUCUCGUGUCAAGGACGAGGUCGUGUCCAAGGCUUCUCAGGCGAGUCGACUGAGUGCAUUGGUGCAGACAAUCGAAGAACGAGGUUAUCCGUGGCUCGGCUGGGCUUUCGCCUACACCUUUACACUAUUUUUUCUGUUCGUUUACCGCUGCAUCGGAUUGGGUGCGCUGAUUUCCAUGUACGCUAGCGCUGACGAUGGCACUCUGGCGGUGGUGCUCGGAGCCUUGACGCUGGGGUUCUGGGAAGAUUUCGUCUGUGUCACGUACUUGGCGUGUAUCCUCUGGCUGUUCGACAAGCUCAAGCCCACAGUAGCCAAGCGCUUCGCUCGGCACGACGGAGCAGCUAUUCGAGUUGCUGGCAGAGUGGCUACAUUUUCAGUAUCAUGGCUGCUCUUCGUGGCGUUCACAAUUCCGGUCGUAGCUGACGUUCUCAUUGUGCGUCUGCGGGACAUGCGCUUCACCUUCGACAUCAUCGUGAUGGCCAUCCAGGAGAAAGACAAUGCCAGCUCGUUCGAAGUAUCGAGCGAAGAGAUCACCGACGCCUGUGUCAACGCCAUCGCUCUCGUUCUGGCUGCGACAUUCUUCGCCUUUGUGCGUACAAGAGCUUCGUGGGCAGACCUCGCAAGGUGGAACCCGACCCACAUCGCAUUGUCUCUAAGUACUUCGUAUGCUUACGAUAUCUUGCGUUUGACUGGUAGCACCAAGAAUCAGCUCAACUCGAGCGACACCAAAGCUCAAGACCCCACGGAAGAUGUUGAGCUGUCGACACUGAAAAAGACCCAGAAAGCUGACGACAAAGACACCAAGACUUCGCGCUAUGUGACAGUUGAUAUCGACACGUCUGAGAUGGAGACCACGUCAUCGGCAGACGACGAUAACGACACGACCCAAUGCCUACACAAUGAGGACCCUCAGCGAGUGGACAAACGUCGCUAUCUUAAAAAAAGUGUCAUCGCAUUUGUCGGUCUGGUUCUGCUCCCUUUGCUGAUCAUCGCAGUGAGUUGCGCGUGCUCUCCUCUCGUCGCCUACUCGGCACUGAACACGACACUCAACGAAAUAUUCGGCCAUGCUUUCCAGCCAGAUGUUGACGGUAGCACCUCUGCCAUCGACGAAAAAGACCUCCCAUGGGUCGAGACGUACAUCCACCAUGCAACGGAGAGUCACGAGUUAUUCGGGAAUGACACACUCUACCGACGCACCACCGGGUUCCAAGGGGAUCUCGCUUUUGACGUCAAAGUUAACAAGAAGAACCCACCGAACGUUCUCCUCUUGGUGAUCGAAUCCUUCCGAUACCACGACUCGCACUACCUCGUAGGGGACGAAGAUCCGUCCAACCUCUUCAAAGGCAGCGACAUGACAAUCACUCCCAACUUUGACAAGUGGGCGAAGCGUGGUAUCGCGUUACGGAACUACUGGUCCAGUUGGCGCACGAGUCGGUCGGUGGAGAGCUUACUGUUCGCCCAACUUCCCUAUGACCACGUCACCAAGUCCGGUAUGACUGGCGGGCAACAUGAGACCAAUUUGUCGGGUCUACCGCAGCUCUUUACGGCGAAGGGAUACGAGACUUUCUUCACGACAGGAUGCAGAACGAACUACGACAGUUGGGACUCGUUCCUUCCAGCUCAUGGCUUCGAUACUGUCUGGAGUCGCAACGAGAUGAUGGCACUCGCUCAAAGCGACUUGGGGAUCAAGCCUGGCGACUGGAAAGGACCGGAACACCGAGCACUCAACUGGGGCGUGCACGACGAUUUGAGUUUCCAGCUUCUGGGUGAUUUAUUCGUGAACAAGACCAAGGCGCAAGCGAAGCGAGUAGCCAAUGGAGAAGCGAAGAAGCCGCUAUUCCUGACUCACUACACCAUUUCUAGCCACGUCAACUAUCAGCAGCGACCCAAAUGGUACGACGAGUCCAAGAAACCCGAUUUUUCGGCUUUGUACGAAGGCCAAAAGUAUGCCGACAACAUCAAAAACUACCUCGAAAUCCGGUAUUUUACCGACAUGGAGUUCGGUAAAUUCAUGGAUCGCAUGGCUGAGGCUGGUAUUCUUAAUGAUACCGUUGUGGUGAUCUCCGGAGAUCACGGCCAGGGCCCCGAGUUCGGUAAUGACGUCCCUGAAGAUCGCGAUGUUUCUGCUACUCGAGUGGCUGGCGCAAUAGUCGCCGAAGGACGAUUGGGUGACGCUGUGGGGAUGGUCAUGGACGACGCCACGGAGCAGUACGACAUCCUGAACACACUGGCGGAUAUUACAGGCGUUCCAGAGGGAGGCUUCGAGCAAGACGGUGUGGGUCGGUCACUUAAGCGCAAGGUUAAAUUCGGGAAGAGAGUCGUGUACAGCAACAAUCCGACACGAAAAAUGUCGGUAGUGCGAGGACACGAGCGACUGCGGUAUGAUAAGGUGACGGACUCGAUGCUGCUGCACAAUCCCGAUACGGAUCACGACAUGAAGAACGAUCUACUGCCUACUCUGACGCAAGAAGAACGCGCCGACUGGAUUAGCUGGCGCGAUGCCGGACGUCGUAUCAACUCUUACUACACAAAGCGCUGGGAAGGCAAGUGCUUGCUUGCUGCAGAGUGUUCGUAG